AUGGCUCUCACAAUCCCGAUACCAGAAGGGCCCUUCGAGUCCAUCGCCUUCCUCGGAGAUCGUACGGACUGGCCAGCCUGGUUUGACGAUGUCACCGCCAUCUCAAGGGCCUUGGAUAUUUGGAAAUAUGUCGAUCCCGACGGCAAAGACCACCGUCUGAACGAACCCAUCAAGCCUACCGUCCCGAAACGACCCAACUUAAAACAGUUUCCGGCUAGAGGGCAGUACGAGACGGACAAGGUGUACGAUUUGCGGGUUGAGCAGGCGAGGCAUGCUCAUUCUCUCUCUACACGAGAAUACGAUGUCUUGUAUGAACAGUACCGCAUGGACACUGCUAAAUACUUGAGCGACCUUGCUGGUUACACGGCCGCCAAAGACGGUCUUCAAAAGCUGUACAAAAUCAUUUACAGAAGCAUCCCUGAGAGAUGCCGUGCCUACAUGAGACUAGAUGGAGCAGAGACGCCCCGUGAUAUGAUCCUGUGUCUGAGGUCGAGAAUCAACCCCCCCUCGGAUGAAGAAAGGGCGUCGAUUGCUCAGCGACAAUUUGACAUCAAUUUGAGAGCUCAGCCUACGGAUGACAAGCAAGUAUUCAUCGAGGCCAUUGCCCUGGCCGCCGUCGAACUGCAUCGACUCCAAGCGUCAACGUUUCAUGAGGCUGUCGCAGUCGAGGACCUGAUCAAGUCUUUCCAGACAAUUGAUAAGCCCUUGGUAGAUGCGUGGACUCGCAAGCUAGAUGGGGCCCCUGGACGAGCCUUCGGCACGGUGCUUGACAUCGUCGAAGAAUUCAAGUACAAGAUGCGCAUACAGGAUGACAAGCCCUAUCUUAAGGACCUGUCUGGUGCCACACCCGCUUCGGCCUCUGUUUCCGGUGGCACAACGCUUGGAGAACCGGAGCCACCAAUCUCCGUGGAGGUCGAGACGCGGAAACCCCUUGUUCAAAAUCACACAGCUAAACAGAAUGGAGUUGACUCGGCAAACCCGUCCAAGAAGGCAAAGAAGGUCAAGCAAGACGCAGUUGUCGCCGACGAGCAACAGCCCAAAUUCGAAAUGGCAGAGAGGGAAGCUUCGUUCAACGAUAAACCCUUCAAGUCCAAGAACGGUGGUUCAGAUCACCCGCCUACAGAGAAAUACUCCAAGUCCAAGAAGAAGGACCAAUCGAACGGCGGUCUUGCUAAGCAAACCUGCCCAGGCUGUCAGUUAAGACAUGUUAUCCGGGGCGACGCCUGGUGGGAGAGCUGUUACGUGUACUACGAACUCGAGGAUUUGGGUAAUGUGCCGGAGCAUUUCACCGUCACCGACAGGAAAUUGGAUUUGGCCUUCUCUCGACUGGAGGAUUUCCCUGAUGAGCGUAGACGGGCAAGUGAGUGGGCGGGAAAACAGAGUGGACAGAAUGGCGCGAAGGAGCCAGAGCCUGCCGCGUUCAAUCUGUGGUGA